CUCCAUUAUUGGAUUUCUGUUCCUUUCGAAUUCUAUUUCAAUUUAAUAAAAAUAAAAAUAUAAAAAACUAUGUUCAUGACCUCCUAACCAUGGUUAACUAAAACCCUGGUAAGGUUGCGUUUGCGGUGGUCUCUACUCUCUAGUGGAAGAGAAAGCCUUUAUAAAUGAGGCGAUGAAGCGCCCCAGUGUAUCACUGCCAUUUGCCCUGGCAAAGAAGCCUCCCUUUCUUAACGGUUUCCCUCUGUAUCGUAUGCAAAGGGAGAAACUUCCUUGUCUCAUCACUGUCAGAUCCUUAUCUUCAUUUUCUCUAAGCUUUUUCCAGAAUUUUCUCUCCUUCUUAUCCAAACAAACCUGAGAGAAAAUUGCGAUGGCGGAUACAGAGAAUGGAGAAUUCAGCUUUAAAAGCAAUGCAAGCGGACGCCAUGGCUUGCCUAAAAUCACGACACAGAAACCGGCGAACGACGUUUGUCACGACGAUAGUGGACCGACGGUGAAAGCACAAACAAUCGAUGAGCUUCAUUCUCUUCAAAGGAAGAAAUCGGCGCCUACGACGCCGAUCAAAGGUGCACAGGUUCCUUUCUCUCCUAGGUCAGAAGAGGAACGGCAGAAACAGCAACUCGAAUCCAUCAGUGCAUCGUUGGCAUCUCUGACGAGAGAAACAGGUCCUAAACUGGUGAAAGGGGACCCGGCGAGGAAAGAAGGGCAGACAGUGUCUCAUUCUCAUGUGGCACAUCCCUUCCUUUACACUCCUGCUAUCAGCGUCAGUGAUAGCUCUCUAAAAUUCACCCAUGUCCUCUACAAUCUCUCUCCAGCUGAGCUUUACGAGCAAGCAAUUAAGUACGAGAAAGGUUCAUUUAUAACAUCAACUGGUGCCUUGGCUACUCUUUCCGGGGCAAAAACAGGGAGGUCUCCAAGAGACAAACGUGUUGUCAAGGAUGAAACUACCAAAGAAGAACUUUGGUGGGGAAAGGGCUCACCCAAUAUUGAAAUGGAUGAGCACACUUUCUUAGUUAACAGGGAAAGAGCCGUUGAUUACUUGAACUCAUUGGAAAAGGUCUUUGUAAAUGAUCAGUUCCUGAAUUGGGACCCAGAGCACAGAAUUAAAGUUCGUAUUGUAUCUGCCAGGGCAUACCAUUCGUUGUUCAUGCACAACAUGUGUAUCCGACCCACUCCUGAAGAGCUGGAGGACUUUGGAACUCCGGACUUCACUAUAUACAAUGCGGGGCAGUUCCCAUGUAAUCGUUUCACCCACUACAUGACUUCCUCGACUAGCAUAGACCUCAAUCUUGCUAGGAGGGAAAUGGUUAUCCUUGGAACCCAGUAUGCUGGGGAAAUGAAGAAAGGUUUAUUCGGCGUAAUGCAUUAUCUCAUGCCUAAGCGUCAAAUUCUGUCCCUCCACUCUGGCUGCAAUAUGGGAAAAGAUGGGGAUGUUGCCCUCUUCUUUGGAUUAUCAGGUACUGGAAAGACUACUCUGUCUACUGAUCACAAUAGGUACAUAAUUGGGGACGAUGAACAUUGCUGGAGCGAAAAUGGUGUCUCAAACAUAGAGGGUGGUUGCUAUGCCAAGUGCAUCGAUCUUUCAAGAGAGAAAGAGCCUGAUAUCUGGAAUGCCAUCAAGUUUGGAACUGUGUUGGAGAAUGUAGUAUUCGAUGAGCAUACUCGAGAAGUAGAUUACUCAGACAAAUCUGUCACUGAAAACACACGGGCAGCAUACCCAAUAGAGUACAUUCCAAAUGCUAAGAUACCAUGUGUUGGUCCCCAUCCAAAAAAUGUAAUCCUUCUGGCAUGUGAUGCGUUUGGAGUUCUCCCACCUGUGAGCAAGCUGAGCUUGGCACAGACCAUGUAUCACUUCAUUAGUGGUUAUACUGCUCUGGUAGCAGGCACAGAGGAUGGAAUUAAGGAGCCACAAGCAACAUUUUCAGCUUGCUUUGGUGCAGCAUUUAUAACGCUGCAUCCUACAAAGUAUGCAGCCAUGUUAGCUGAAAAAAUGCAGAAGCAUGGGGCUACAGGUUGGCUUGUCAAUACCGGCUGGUCAGGUGGCAGCUAUGGCUCAGGAAGCCGUAUGAAGUUAGCAUACACUAGAAGAAUCAUCGAUGCCAUACAUUCUGGGAGACUCUUGAAAGCAAACUACAAAAAGACUGAAGUGUUUGGGCUUGAAAUCCCAACUGAGAUCGAGGGUGUGCCUUCAGAAAUCCUGGAUCCUGUUAACACUUGGAAAGACAAGAAAGCCUACCAGGAUACCCUGUUGAAGCUGGGUGGUCUGUUCAGGAAGAAUUUUGAAGUGUUCGCAAAUUAUAAGAUUGGAAAAGACAACAGUCUGACUGAGGAGAUUCUUGCAGCUGGUCCUAUUUUCUAAACAGAGUGCUUUCACAUUGAUGGAUCGAGUAGUGUGUAUAAAUAAGAAACUCUGAAUUCAUAAGCAGCUUAUAAUGUUAUUUGAAGUUAUAUAUACUAAGAUAGUUUUUAAAAUUUAGGUCUGAGCAGAUUGGUUUCGCUGUGUUGGGAUUAUAGUAUUUUAAAGAUUUUUCAAACGAGUGUGAUUCAUUCUUUCUUGUUUUA